AUGUACGGCGAACUCGGCAACAAACUGGUCCAACAUGCGAAACGCACACAAGCCCUGUCCCAUCUCCCCCCCUACCAAACGGAAAUGGUGCGCGGGGUGACGCGCGAAGUGCGCGAUCUCGACCGUGACGUCGCCCGCCUCCUGACCCCCUUCGAGGGGACGUUCAACCCCUCGACAGACCCGGCGGUCGCGUGUGCCCUGCUCGUCGACCAUCUGUGUAUGCGACGCAAUAAACGGUGUUUACUGGCUUACCAUCGGGUUCGGACGGAGAAACUCGAGGAGAUGUGCUGGACGGGCGUGGAUGUUUUGGAACAGUUGAUUCCGGAAGCCUCUACAAAAGACAGCGGCAAUACUUCUGGGUCUUCUGGAAACCAUAGCUCCCUAAGUCCAGACGAGGAAGAGUAUUUCAGGCAGUACAGCGAUAUGCUCGCCGCGUAUAAAGGGCAAUGGACCGACGUGGAUCUCACGGGUACCCUGGAACCACCGAGAGAUCUCUUUAUCGACGUCAGGGUGUUGAAAGAUGCGGGCGAGAUUCAGACGGAAUACGGGGUAAUCAAUUUGACGAAAAAUAGUCAGCUCUACGUCCGACAAGGGGAUGUCGAGAGAUUGAUUGCGCAGGGAUUCUUGGAACGAUUGACUUGA